UGGUGUCUGACAGUCGGGAUCCUAACAACGGUAGCGUCUGGACACGGUAGCGUCUGACAGCGGCCCGAGGAUAACCACCCUGUCCACAAAGUCUGUACAAACAGAUUUUGUCAAUUUCUGCUACAAAUUUUUGUCGACAACUGCUAACAUUUUGCUUACUGGCAGCCGUGGGUAGAGUACGCCGAGGCGGAUCGAGAGCGAGAGAAAGAGACAGAUACGAGAGAGAGAGAUAGAGAGAAGGAGAGACGAGCCGGAACGAUGUCGCCGUCACGGGUCGAGCUGGACGAAACAGCUGUGGAGAACUUUCGCGAGUACCUGCGGAUACCGUCGGUACAGCCCAACAUUAAUUACGGUAGGAAGGAAGAUAAAGGUAGACAGGCUACUUCGAUCUCACUCAAGUCCAAAUUAAUGUUGGUGCAACCUGGCCUUAAUCUUUAAUAAUGAAAAAAGUUGCUGGACUUCUUUUUUUUAACAGAUGAAUGCGUGGCAUUUUUAAAGAGACAAGCGCAGUCGCUCGACUUGCCAGUUAAGGUCUAUCACAUACAUCCCGAUAAACCGAUCGUGGUUCUCACAUGGGUAGGAACAGAACCGGCAAAGCCGGCUAUCCUCUUGAACAGCCACAUGGACGUUGUGCCCGUCUUCGAGGACAAAUGGACCUAUCUACCGUUCAGCGCUCACAUGGACGAGCAGGGUAAUAUCUACGCUCGCGGUAGCCAGGACAUGAAAUGCGUCGGGAUACAAUACUUGGAAGCGAUUCGCAGACUCAAGCUGAAUGGACAACACUAUCAACGCACCAUUCACAUCUCUUUCGUGCCGGAUGAGGAGAUUGGCAGUGUUUUCGGGAUGAAGGAUUUCGUGCACACCGCGAAUUUUAAAGCUCUGAACAUCGGUUUUUCGCUGGACGAGGGUUCGCCCCGUCCAGAGGAGUAUUUUAACAUAUUCUACGGAGAGAGAAACACCUGGCAAGUGACUGUAAAUUGCGCCGGCACUACCGGUCACGGCUCGAUUAUGCUGAACAAUACGGCUGGGGAGAAAUUGAGAGUCGUAAUCAACCGUUUCAUGGAGUUCAGAGAAGCCGAGAAAGCGAAGCUGGAAACUCCUCUUGAUAUCAAACUUGGCGAAGUGACGUCUGUCAAUCUUACAAAGAUUUCGGGUGGCGUGCAAAAUAAUGUUAUACCCGCUGAGAUCAAGGCUACAUUCGAUAUUCGUAUAACGCCCAGUGUCGAUCACGAAGAACUCGAGGCUACCAUAAAACGUUGGUGCGAGGAAGCCGGUCCAGAUGUAACUUAUUCCUUCGACGCGAAAGAUCCGAAAAUCGAAAAUACUAAGCUUGACGAUUCUAAUCCUUUCUGGAUCGCUUUUAAAAAAACUUGCGACGAAAUAGGUUUUGAGUUAAAAAUUGCCAUCUGUCCAGGAGCUACAGAUAACCGUUAUAUUCGUCAGGUGGGAAUUCCUGCUAUCGGCUUUUCUCCAAUGAACAAGACAAAAAUACUUCUUCACGAUCACAAUGAAUAUUUAAAUAAAGACAUAUUUUUGAAGGGAGUAGAAAUAUAUACGAAAAUAAUACCGGCUGUUGCAAAUGCCUAAGCACAACAGUAAUAUAUACAACAGGCAGUAUAUUAUACUAUAAAAGUCUAAAAGGUGCCAUAAUUAGAUAUUUGGAGUUAGUGGCAAUACAAUAGUAGCUUUACAAUUUUGCCAAUAAUAGUAGUUUGAGUCUUCUUUUUGAGCUUGCAAAUUAUAUGUGCAAUAAUAUACCAAGUCAAUAUAUAUCUAUAUUGCAUUUAUAUAUAUUAAUGUUACGCAAUUUCAAAAGUUUACGACUGUUAGAUAUAUUUAUCUCGAAAAGCUGUAUCCUCGAGCAAUAAAUAUAAGGAAACAAUGAUGAAGAAUAACGUGCCAAUGUUGAUGAAGAAACAAAUACGAAAAAUGAUUCAAGUUUAAUAACGACAGGACACAAGAGAUAUCAAGAUUGACUGAUGUAUAAAAAUGAAUGGAAGAAAACGUAAACAACGAUAUCAUGAAUCUAGAAAAUUGGAGUCGGAUUCAUCAUAACCAAAUGAAGAUUAAACAGUUUCUAUUUAUUAUCUCUAUGGAUUCAUCGAAAAUGGAGUACAAAAAUAACAGUGCUGUAAAUAUAGUUCCACUGGGACCAAAGUAAUACGCGCAUAUUGCUCAAUAUAGAGAAUUUUCUUGAAA